GGGGACUACUGAGAUACCAAUUAUUUCUUGGCCAUCAAUUCAGCCAUAAAUAAAAGCUGUUGACGAGCUACAUAUGAAGUUGCUGACACCACAGGCAAUGGGACACGGCAGGAUAAGCAAAUAGUCUUCGCAUAGAAAGAAGCAACCAAAGCGUCGGUCAUGGAGGCAGUAAGAACGUUCAGACCAACGGCAGAAGCAGCCUUCGACCGAACACCAUAAACAUAAAAAGGGGAAGAGGUUCGCUUCUCCUUCUUCGUUGCAGAAAAAGUAUCUCUCUUGAUGGAGGCAUCGGCAUCUCCGUGCUACUCCGACAUGGGAAUGGAGCAGAGUUUCUUUGAUCAGUGGGAAUGGACUGCUCUGGAUCAGCUCGGCGCAGACCAACUGGGAGUGGGCCUCCUGCGAGAUGUAGAACCGUCUCCCUCCUCUGAAAGCCAUGCUUCGUUUCCCAAGAAGGCCACCAAGACCGACGCCUCGUGGCCAAGAAUUCUAUCGUUUGGCAGGCCGGAAUCACCCAUCUGUCACUCCGCUCUCUAUGUUCCGACGAUGAGGCCGAAAGAAGAGAUGGCUGUGCCGAUCCGCGGUGGCUCGAAGAGGGACUACGACACCAUGUCGGGGCAGGGUUCCAAGAGGGCAAACAUGGCGGCGAGGACGGCCUCUCAUAACCCGGAACACGUCGUGGCCGAGAGGAAACGCAGAGAGAAGCUUAGCCAGAGAUUCAUCGCACUCUCCGCAGUAGUUCCUGGUCUAAAGAAGAUGGACAAGGCCUCCGUUCUCGGGGACGCCAUCGAGUACCUGAAGCGACUCGAAGAGCAGGUCAAGUCUCUGGAAGAUCAAGUUGCGAAGAGGCAGGCGGAGAAGGCGGUGCUCGUCAAGAAGUCUCGGCUCUGCGCCGACGAUGACGACAGCUCCUCCGACGAACACCCAUGCGGCGGGCCUGCUCCCGAGAUCGAGGCCAGAGUGUGCGACAAGGCUGUCCUCAUCAAGAUCCACUGCGAGAACCGCAAGGGCGUGCUGGUGAAAGCUCUCUCCGAGAUCGAGAAGCUCCACCUUUCCGUGGGGAACACCAGCGUCAUACCUUUCGCCGCUGCUUCUCUCGACAUCACCGUCAUGACCCAGGCAAGAUCCACCGCCCUUCUCCUACCCACCACGGUCGUACGGACGAACAACAUGAACGAACUUGUUAUCAUCUUCUUGUGCAGAUGGAAGAGGAGUUCUGCGUGACGGCCAAAGAGGUGGUGAAGAAGCUGAACUCCGCUUUCAGACAACGGUCGGUUCGUUGAAGCUAAUCAAGAUCUCCUCCUCCUCCUCCUCCUCCUCCUCGAGACAAGUUUCACUAGUUUUUGCUGCAUGGUGUUGUCCGAUCUGCAGGUUCAUUGCUCUUCUCUCUUAGCUUUUUUGCAUGGUUGAGCUACUCGAUCAUGUUUUUGGAGCAGAAGAGUGACACAGUUGCAUGUUCUUUUGAGGACUUGUAGUAGGAGGGAGGUUGACUCUCAUAAAACCUCUGUUUCUUCCUCUUCUCUGAGGAUUUCGACAGUUCAAAACCUGCUUCUCAGUUUCCAUUCGAUGUCUAAUCCUUACAAAGCCCGACGACUCUAGCAAAAGAUGUUGUCCA